AUGGCCUUGAGAGCCGAACUGUUAAAGUCCAUCUGGCACGCAUUCACCGCCUUGGAUGUAGACAAGAGCGGCAAGGUGUCCAAGUCACAACUUAAGGUGCUGUCCUAUAACCUGUGCACGUUGAUGAAGAUCCCGCACGACCCUGUAGCUCUGGAGGAACACUUCAAGGAUGACGACGAAGGCCCAGUGUCCAACCAGGGGUACAUGCCUUACCUCAACACCUUCAUUCUGGACAAGGUGAAGGAGGAGUUUGACCGCCAGGACUUUGACAGGAUGUGCUGGACGCUGUGCGCCCGAAAGAACUUGGACCGCAGCAACCUGCUGAUAUCUGACGACGAUGCCUUCAAGAUCUGGUGCCUCUUCAACUUCCUGUGUGAGGACCGCUACCCAUUGUCUAUCGUCAGCGAGGAGAUGGAGUACUUCCUGCGUAAGCUGACCGACUCCAUGGGCAGCUGGGUGGAGGAGCGCUUCGAGGACUACAAGCUGGAGCUGCAGACCCAGGGGAGCCUGAGCGCCUGGGAGCUCAUCACCUUGGUGGCCUCGGGCCACUUCAGCAAGGGCAUGGACCGCCAGACGCUGUCCAUGGGAAUCAACGAGGUGUACCAUGAGCUCAUCCUGGACGUCCUCAAACAGGGCUACAUCAUGAAGAAGGGCCACAAGAGGAAGAACUGGACAGAGCGCUGGUUCGUCCUGAAGCCCACCUCAAUCUCCUACUACAUGGGGGAGGACAUGGCCGAGAAGAAGGGAGACAUCCAGCUGGACGGGAACUGCUGUGUGGAGCCAUUACCGGACAAGGAGGGGAAGAAGUGUCUGCUGUUCAUCAAGUGUGCGGGGAAGAGCUAUGAGAUCAGCGCGUCAGACAAGAAGAGGAAGCAGGAGUGGAUUCAGGCCAUCCAGACGUGUGUGAGUCUGCUGCGUCUGGGCCUGCCCGCCCCGCACCGCGAGGCCCGUCUGAGGCGCAGGGAGCAGCGGGGCCGGCUGCAGGCAGAGCAGGAGGACCUGGAGGCCCGCAUGAAGGAGCUGACGGCUGCCAAUGACACCAAACAGCAGGAGCUGGAGGCCAUGAGGAAGGCCCUGGAGGAGGCGGCGGCCAGAGCGGCGGAGGAGGAGCGGCGGCGGCUGCAGACCCAGACAGAGCUCCAAGACCGCUACCGGACCGACCUGGAGAGAGAGAAGACGGUGCGGCAGCAGAUGGAGGAGCAGGUGGCCCUGAAGUCCAGCGAGCUGGAGCAGUACCUGCAGCGGGUGCGGGAGCUGGAGGACAUGUACCACCGGCUGGAGGACGCGCUGGAGGAGGAGAGGGCGGCACGCCAGGACGAGGAGACGGUGCGCCGGCUGCAGGCGCGAUUACUGGAGGAGGAGUCGACAAAGAGGGAGGAGCUGGAGAAGAUCCACCUGCGGCAGCAGAGGGCAAUCUCGGAGACGGAGGCGGAGAAAAAGGAGCUGGAGAAGGAGAGGAGGGCCAAGGAUAGCGCCCUGCAGGACGCCAUGCAGCAGCUGGAACACCUGGAGAGCGAGAGGCAGGGGGCGCUGGAGCAGUAUCAGGCGGUGACGAAGAAGCUAGAGGACGCCGCCAACAACACGAGGACCUGGAAGCACAAGGUGGCAGAACACGAGGGCCUCGUACGCCUCAUCCAGCCAGGCAACAAGGGGCCCCAGAGGAUCACCAACUGGGGCCCGGCGGCCUUCUCCGAGGUGGAGCUGAGCGUGCGGGAGAAGGAGUGGCAGGACAGGAAGAGGCCGGCCCAGUAGAGGCAGGAGGCCUCGGCCCUCCACUGGGGGCCUCAGGGGGACCAGGACCAGCCACCGGGCCCCCCGCUCUGCACCCCGUCGGAGUCUCUGGUCCACAGCAGUACUUGAAGAACGGUUAGCGUAGAGAGAUACAAGGGCUCAGUAUUUAAUAACUAACAAAAACAUUUCCAUGUUUAAUAUCAUUAAUAGAUAAAUUUUUUAUGCUAUAUCAGUCAUAUUGUUGGGUAAUCAAAAGACAAAGUAAAAAAUGACAAAAGCUAAAUCUUUCAUGGAAAACCUUUUGGCUUUGAUCAGUUUUGGUAUUCAAGUUCAAGUAUUCAAGUUUGGUUGAUUCAGCAUUGGCCCAAAGAAUUCACGGUAUUUGUUGAGCAAUCCCCGACCUGGAACUCAUUUGUGUGCGUGAUUUGGUCGCACGAUCGUCACGGCUUUCAUUGCACCGAGCUGUCUGAGUUCUGCUGGUGACAUUGUUAUCAUCUCUCAGAGAGAAUAGAGUACCCCUACAGUCACGUUUGGUAGGAGCAGCUGAUAAGUGACUCAAUAGAACAUGUUCAUUCAGUCUGUCCAUUUGUCUGUGAAGUGCAGUCCUUUAUGACUAAUCUAAAACAUGGACACGAAUAAAACCUUAGAUAUCAUGAUGAGAGCGCAAAAUGCAGGUUAUUAAUACAUGUUUCUGAUUGGUUUCAACUGCCCUGCCCUGAGUGGAAUCAGCGGGCCCAGUGAGAGUCCCACUAGACACCAGCGUUCUGCCCUGGGUCAUCUGGGAAGGCAGGGGUUCUGAUUACGGCUGUCUUGGCGGAGCGCUGAAGAGACACGAGUACUCACGCACUACAUACUCUUCGUUGUUGUUUAAAACCAACAUUACUUUACUUGUAGCUUAGUUGGGAGAGAGAUGGUCUCUCUGAAUGUUUGGUCUCUCUAAUUAAGAGAUGUUCUCUAUGAUGGGUUGGUCUCUCUGACUGAGAGAUUAUCUCUCUGGUGGUUUGGUCUCUCUGAUUAAGAGAUGGUCUCUGAUGGGUUGGUCUCUGACUGAGAGAUGAUCUCUCUUAUGGUUGGUCUCUGACUGAGAGAUUGUCUCUCUGGUGGUUUGGUCUCUGACUGAGAGAUUGUCUCUCUGGUGGUUUUGUCUCUCUGAUUAAGAGAUGGUCUCUCUGGUGGUUUGGUCUCUGACUGAGAGAUGGUCUCUCUGAUGGGUUGGUCUCUGACUGAGAGAUGGUCUCUCUGAUUGGUUGAGUUACAGUAUCAGUAACAUAAAAAAAAAGUGAUUAGAUUAGAUCAACUUUAAUGUCUGUUUACGCAGAAAUUUGUCUUGCAUUACACAUCUCUUCAAUCCUCAAUAUGUAGGAUUGUCGGGUCGCCAGCAGAGCAGCGUCAUUCCGUCAGCUGAAGUUUAGUGGAGAGUAUGAUGAGAGAGGUGUGAGGACCUGAUCAGUCGGGAACAAUUCUUGUUUAUGUUUUAGCUUACUUUACUUUAACAGCUUUAAGAAGAUGGAGGGGACUUGUGUUCAUAGAUUAAAAGAGAGUCAUUGUAACCUCAGGUGUCGUUAUAAACCUUCUCCCAGCACGCACCCAGACCCUUCUCCCAGGGGGGGACCCUCUGACGUUUUGAUGUCACAAAGGGAGGCUUUUGAAAUGGACACCUGUUACAGUUUAUGUGUGUGUGUGCGUGCGUGUGUGUUUGUGUGUGUUGAGUGGAAGCAGACAUAAUUAAAAAAUAUGGUUGAAAAACGAAUAUUUGACAUAUUAACGCACCUGUAAUUCAAAACACACUUCCCUGAGGAUGAAACAUGUGUUUGAAACCCAUCAACAAUUGAUCUUUCUUCUCCCUGGACGAUUUUUCUUUAAUCCAGGGCUUGUAAUGUUUUCCUUUAUUUAAACAGUUAACAGACGGCUCACACAAUGUAGUCUUUCUUGCUAACUGCUGAUUAUUUUUAAUGUUAUGUUUUCACAUUUUUGAUACUGUUAUCAUGUGUAGUUACGUUGAAUGUUGCAUUGCUAAUUUGGAUUGUAUGUAGGGCCAAUAUAAGUAAACACUGAAGUCGGCAAUAAAUACAAUUAUUCUGGAUUUCUUUUCCAUCGCAGAUGACCUUUGUUUUGGCGCCAGGUGGCGCUGUUUCCCACUAUGUCACAUCUCUACUAGUCGGGGUCUUCAUGACAUCGUGUCUCGAGUAGACCCUCUCGUUUUCCUAAAUAAGAUUUUUUUUACAUUAUGGGAUAGGUGACAUUUCCGUCCUUGUUGAGUCUAUACAAUCCAUUUGAAAACCUUAACUUAUUUAAGGCCUACGUCAUAAGAAAAUACAUGCCUAGCGCCCACGUUGAUCUGUAAGACUAGCAUCUAAAUAUUUUUAUAUGUGUGUGUAUAUAUAUAUAUAUAGGCUACUUCAUUAAAUUCAAAGCCUGCUGGGGCAGCCAGAUGACGUCAACGAUUAUUGAUUGAUUGAUUCAUUGAUUAUUCCCUGAAUGUUCUCCGACUGCUGAGAAGGGUUAGUCCGAACAGGUUGGCGGAAGACCUUUCUCAUAAAGUGAUAUAUUUCGUUUCUGAGAUAAUGUACUUUUUUUUCAGAUUGUUUGCUUUGUCUGUAUUUUGGGGUAUCUUCAAACUGAUCAGACUGUUCUGUAAAUCCUGCUUUUAAAAGUGACUUUUUGUGGCGUUCUUCAAACCUCGACCACUCCAGAUGCCUCCUUGGAUGGAGAAGGUCCUCCUUGUAGAUCCAUGGUUAUCCACCCUCUCCGAUCUUCUCACUUUCCUCAAGGUCUCCUCCACCUAAUCUCGUGCGCUGCUCUUUCAGGUUGAAGAGACAAGAGAGAACAACGGGAAAGACCAAACAAACCCCCACUGAUCGCGUCCCACUCAAUCUGUUGUCCAGAUGCGUGCGCCGUACCUCCGCGCCUCUGCGGUAACUCCGCUUUACGCAACGCUAUGCCCUGUCGUAAAAGGCGAGCCUCUACUCCCCGCCCUCCGUUUUUUCCCCUCUCCCUCCCGUUCUCCGCCGGGACCCCCAGCAGCGUCUGCAUCCCAUCAUCUCGCUCGUCUCGUUUAAACCUCCUCGCACUCAUCAGCCCCGGGUUGCGAGGCUUGUGGCACGCGUGGCGCAUUCCAUCGUGGUGAUGCGAAGCAGAAAUGAAUUAAAAUCUCGAUCUGGUAUCCAUCGCAGGGGGCCAGCGAGCCGAGGAGCGGUUGGGAA